CAGUGUUGUCAUUGUAAAUAAGCGUGGAUAAUUUUGCCGUGCGUCAAAUAUUCGGAGUUACAGUCAUAAAUUGGCCGAAUCAAGUAUUAAUUUCUGAAUCCAACUGAAGAUGAGAUACAAGAUGGAAGUGAUGUCUGCUUAAAAAACUGUUCUGUCCUGGGUGAAAGUUUUAAACAAGCAAGCUGUAGCAGAUUUUGACCACAUUUUAAGUCCAAGAUGUUUUACCUGGAUGAGCAGACACAGUCCUACAUCAUCUUCUUCAUCGCCAUCCUCUGUACCGUUGGUUACUGUGUGAUAUUCUUCUUAACUCUCGUCUCUCUCAUCACAACGCGGAUCUUGUUUUAUAAGAAAUCUGACAGUUUCCUGUCAACAGACAGCUAUCCUGGAGUAUCCAUCAUCAAACCUCUCAUGGGACUUGAUCCACUUUUGGAAGAAAACCUGGAAAGUCAUUUUAGGAUGCAAUACCCAAAGUUUGAACUGCUCUUUUGCUUUCCCGAUGAUCAAGAUCCUGCCAUAAAUCUUGUUCAGCGACUUAGAGAAAAAUAUCCUCUCGUGGACACAACAAUAUUUACUGGUGGGAAGGAGGGCAUUGUGAACCCCAUGGUGUAUAACAUGGCCCCUGGUUAUGACAAUGCCAAGUAUGACUGUGUUUGGAUAAGUACCAGUCGCAUCAAAGCCAGUACAGAUAUUAUUAUUGACAUGGCGUCCAAGUUACAACACCCAAGUGUAGCACUCGUUCACCAGAUGCCUUUUACCACAGACCUCAGUGGAUUUGCUGCCACCGUGGAGAAGAUUUACUUUGGGUGUGCCAUGGCAAGGUUCUACCCAGCCUUCAACACUCUGGGACUCUGUUGUUGUACCGGAAUGUCAUACAUGUUUAAAAAAUCCCUCCUAGAUGAGCUAAAGGGGCUAAACUGGUACGGGCGCUACCUCGCGGAAGACUUCUUCCUUACUUCAGCAUUACAUGAAAAAGGUCAUAAACUUGUGCUAUCAGCCUUCCCUGCACAACAAAAUAUAGCUUCAUUAACAUUACGAGCUUUUAAAGACAGAAUGGUCAGGUGGACACGACUUCGUCUGAAUAUGAUGCCUCUGGUAGCUGGAUUUCUAGAACCCCUGGCGGAUUGUAUUCCAUCAGGCCUUAUAGGAAGUUGGACAUGCUACCAUUUCUUUGGAGUUCAUAUGUACUAUUUUUUCCCUAUCCACGUGUUAACAAUGCUGUUUUUGGAUUAUUUACAAUUACGGACGGUUCAGAAUGGACCUCCACCAUUUUCAAAGCUUAAAUAUGUGCUAUGCUGGGUGUUCCGGGAAUUCAUGGCCACAUUUAUUUAUUUAGAAGCCAUUUUAAAACCACGAACAAUUCCGUGGGGCAAAAAAGUAUUCAAGGUGACACUGGGUGGACACACAACUCUAUUGACAGACAAGGCCCAUGAUUGACAUCAGGGGUUCUCUAGCCGUGCAAAUUACCGCAAUAUGGAUUACAAAAUCCUCUCUAAAACGAUCUGAUUUGGUUUGUAUUUAACGUGUAAAAAUACAAACUGGCUGAUACGCUGAACUAUCCCUAGGUAUGAGUGUUAAUAAGUACUUCCUAUUGGUGCGUGACCGUGUGGAAUAUCUGGUGUCACACUUUACACAAUUGAAAACUUUCGACUGCUGGUUUCUUAGAAAAGCUUAUAAACACUGCUGUUGAUGAUGGUACAUUAUCAUUAGAAAGAAAUCUUUGAUUUAUUUAUGUCUACUGGAACUAUUCUACUGUUUCUAACAAGCUCACCUGGGUCAUGAUUUUUAAAAGAGCUCUGAGGUAUGAGGAUGUCCUGCUGUAAAGAAGCCCGUAUUUACUAGGUAUUUGUACAAGCUAUGAUUUGUUACUGAGUUCCCCUGAGCCGAGUGACAUUUAAGCGAGCUCAGAUGUACGGGGAAAUUCCAUGAGCUGUGACUUCUUAAUAAGCUACACUGAAGUGUAACUUCUGGUGAGCUCACCUUAUCUAAUUAUUGAUGAGCUCAACUGAGCCAUGAAUUCUGAUGAGCUCACCUGUGCUGUUACAUCUGAUGAGCUCUUAUUAUGAGCAGAUGAAUCUUCUAAUGAGCUCAAAUGGGCUGUGACUUCUGACAGUCUCACCUCUCCCCAAUAUUCCAAUUCGACUUCAUUACAAGUUCACUGGUACGAGGAGUUCACUGGUACGAGGAGUUCACUGGUAUGAGGAGUUCACUGGUACGAGGAGAGUUCACUGGUACGAGGAGUUCUACUUUCUUCUUAAUGAGCUCACCUUUACUUUGAAAUUCUACUGUGACAUCGCAAUGAGCUCAUUUGUGCCAGAUAAUUCUAAUUAGUUCAACUCUAGCAGAAAAACCUGCUGUGGCUGCUAAUGACUGGAUUGUAUUGGGAUAAUCCUGCAGUGACUUCAUAACAAGCUCAUAUUUUCCAGAAAAAAUCAACUAUCUUAAGAUUCUCCUCCCCUAUCAUGGCAUUGAACAGGAGGUGUUUAAAGAGAUCUGAAAAAUUGUAGAAAGAAACUAGAAAUUCUGUAGUCAGAAAUCACAACCAUACAAGUUAUACGCUAUUAUUGAUUUUGUUUUAUUUACUGUACUGAUAUUUCUGGAUGUGUUCUCAUAAAGUAACUUGGACAACGCAAUUAUUUUUCACCUAAGGAUAUGUCACAUACCAAAUUCCUUACACCUUAAGAUUGAAAUGGAAUGGUCUGAUGUAAUAUUAUAUGUCACAUACCAAAUUCCUUACACCUUAAGAUUGAAAUGGAAUGGUCUGAUGUAAUAGUAUAGGUUAGUCUUUAAUAAGGGAUCAUAAGGAAUCCCACUCAGUCUUGAUUGACAGCCAGAAAGGUUUUAUAAAACAUAGAUUGGCGUGUUGUUUUAUGGAAGAAUCUAUUUGUCAAAGAUGAAAUUACUCCAGAGUAAAUGAAAUUGUUUAGGGUUCGUGGUAACUGUUUUUUUUAGAUGGGUUUUAACCUUGUUGAUAUUGGUGUUCACUGUUUUGCUUGGUCAGAUCCUUGUCUUGCAUACAGUGCCACCUGAAAAUCAAGGUAGACAACUCUGGCGAUGCAGAUCGGCCACUUCCUCUGGGUUACUGCUGUAACCAGAAUCCACUCAUGUUAGAUGUGAUUACAAUACCAUGUGCAUUAGAGCAUUUAUUUUCUGACUUGUGGAGUUAGAAAUUUGUCUAUCAGCUGUUGUGUUUAUUGUUACUUAAUGUCGCAAUGUGUUUAUGUUAAAUAUAAAUGUUAAUGUUUGUUAAAUAUAUAUGAAGGAUUUUUUUCACAAAUGGACACCUGCAGAGAUUUUAAUUUUAUCAUAAGAUGAGCCUGUUUUACGUUGUAAUAUGGCUAAAGUUGAGCCUGUUUUACUGUGUAAUAUGGCUAAAGAUGAGCCUGUUGUACUGUGUAAUAUGGCUAUAGAUCAGCCUGUUUUACUGUGUAAUAUGGCUAUAGAUCAGCCUGUUUUACUGUGUAAUAUGGCUAAAGAUCAGCCUGUUUUACUGUGUAAUAUGGCUAUAGAUCAGCCUGUUUUACUGUGUAAUAUGGCUAUAGAUCAGCCUGUUUUACUGUGUAAUAUGGCUAAAGAUUAGCCUGUUUUACUGUGUAAUAUGGCUAAAGAUCAGCCUGUUUUACUGUGUAAUAUGGCUAAAGAUUAGCCUGUUUUACUGUGUAAUAUGGCUAUAGAUCAGCCUGUUUUACUGUGUAAUAUGGCUAAAGAUGAGCCUGUUGUACUGUGUAAUAUGGCUAAAGAUGAGCCUGUUGUACUGUGUAAUAUGGCUAUAGAUCAGCCUGUUUUACUGUGUAAUAUGGCUAAAGAUCAGCCUGUUUUACUGUGUAAUAUGGCUAAAGAUCAGCCUGUUUUACUGUGUAAUAUGGCUAAAGAUCAGCCUGUUUUACUGUGUAAUAUGGCUAUGUCAUGAUUAAAUAUUAAUGGAUACAUGUGAUGUCACAUAAGAAAUAUAUGAUGUCAUGAUUCGACAUCAGAGUCAAAAUUAAUUGGUAUUAUAGGGAAUUGGAAUUGAAAGUUUUCAGGUAUUUUCUGAUGAGUAAUUUUGAUAAAUAGCAUUGUAAUAUGGAAUAGCCUUAAACUUGUUUUAAUUUGAUAUACUGUAUACCUGGUCAUUUUCGCCCCCGUUUAAUUUUCGCCCUUUGAUGAUAGGGCGAAUUUAAGAUGAUGGCGAAAAUUUCAAGCUGUAUUGAAGAAUUUACAAGUCAUCGUACAUAGGUCAAUUGUAGUCGGAACCAAAACAUACCCCCUGUGCUUUUCAAGUGAGUUUUAAUCUAUACCAUCACAAGCAACACGUGUUAUACUAGCACUAAAUUUAUAAAAUAAUCCAUUGCUUUAUUCCAAUCUGUGUAUGUGAAAUAAAAUCUUGAUCUAAAUCUAGGUCUAGUUAAUUUGCAACAUUACGUUCAGUUAAAUCGAGAAAAUGGGCUAAGAUAGCGUACUAGGUUUAGUAUAUUUGAUUUAAAAAACUAUAAAUACUAAGUAACUUUAAAACUUUAAAAAUGAUGCACACAAAAAAGCAUCAAAUUCUUGUCAUUGUGAAGACUGAUUUUAUGAGUUCACCGUAGCUUGUGGCUUCCAUCGAUGUAUACAACUGAACUAGAGAAAACACUGGUCAGUAAUUAGUCACGGCACGGUGAACUUACCUUUCAUCGUGUUUGCUUAAAAUCGCCCAUGCAUACCUGAUACUAUUUGAAUCAAUAGGGGCUAAAAGUAAAUCUGAACACAGGUAAAAGUUGUAUAUUUCAAACCUGAUUGCAUUUCAC